UUUGCACAGAUUUGAGAAGGAAACAAGUUAACUGGGUUUGGUUCCAAACGUAAGCUUAUACGCCACUCUCAACACACUGUAACGCAUUCGUUAAAUGGUUGCUUGCAAGCAAUACAAAACACAAUCCUUGAGUUGAGAAAACAAAACCACAUUUGCGGUUUUAUGCGAAGAAAAAUAUAAUGCUAUCUUUCUUAGGUUUGGUUUCAUCACCGGAAAUGUCCAACGUGUCUCGCCGGAAGAUGACGACCACCAGAAUUCACAUAAUGGCCUUAGAUGGCAUCGUCAACGUCAACUCUCUCUUCACCUUAGCCCUCUUCCUCGGCAUCACCACCACCAGCACCACCAACACCCUCAUAGACGCUGACGACACCGACUGCGCCGCCGGAACCUCCAUUUCCGAAGGCCUCAUCGCAUUCCACGUCUACUCCUUCAGCUCCUUCCUCUUCUCAAGCCUCAUCGCCUUGGCUCUCAAAAACGUGAUCAACUUCAGCAAGGAAGUCGACGAUGGUGACGUUUUGGGAGCCAACAACAACAACAGCUGGGUCCACAGUGUUGCGAAAAUUAACACGGUGGUUUUGAGGUUGGGGACUCUGGUUUCGGCUUUUGGGUCGGUUUUCGGAUGCGGGUUUCUGGUGGUGGCUCUUGUGGAUUUGGUGCAGAUCAAGUUGGGAACCAUUGCUUGUGGGAGUCCUCAUACUUUCGCUGCGGUGGCUCCCUUGCUCGUUCUUGUUCCCUCUGCGCUUCUUAUCUACGUUUUUCUCGUCCUCUAUGCCUUCACUCGUUAAACCAAUAAAGAAAAUACACAUGAUUCAAUUCAACCAUGUUUAAGGUGUCAAAGUGAAUGAUGUUAUCAUUAAGGAUUCAAAGAUCGUUGAUGGAAAAUGCUGAUGAUAUCAAGAGAUCGAAUUCAAACGAA